GGGACACCAGCUCUAUGAGUGCUGAUGUGACCGAAGUGGACUGGGUUGCCAUAGAAAUUGGUCUUCUUUGUCCCCAGGCCUGUUGGCCUGUCCCUCAGGAGGCCCAGGUGAUCCCUUGGGCUAUUGAGCAGAUCUCCUCAGGGCCUCCCCAGCCUCCCAUUCUCUGAUCUGGAUGUCCCCCGGGAGCAGGCAGGCCACACCCACCUCGUGUGGCCAGUCAGCCCGAGGCCCAGGGGUUGCAGGAGCUGGCCGAGGUUCACACAGGGAGGAGAGCGUUCAGAGCUGGGCUUGCUCAGGGCCAGCCGUCUUGCCUAAGGCCUCGGCCAGUCAAGAGCGCUUUUCCCCAUCCGUGGGUUCCCAGAGGAAAUUCUGGACUGAUUGCAGGGACUGCCGCAUUCCCUGGAGAAUAUUCAGAACCCACCUUGUCGGUGUGUCCAGAAUCGCACGAUAUCGAUGAAGACGCUGAGGCCCAAAGAGGGGAAGUGAGUUGCUUAGGGUCACAUAGCGGGGAGAAGUGGAGCAGAGCCUCUCGUCCGAGCCCCCUGACUCCACACCUGGUGUUCGUGCUGAGACCUCAGGCUGCUUCCCAGAUCCUCUGGGACAGCCCCUGCCUUCCUCCGGGUGAGGCGGUGACCCACCAGGGCUGCCAAGCCAGGACCAUGGGCAGCAACAAGAGCAAGCCCAAGGAUGCCAGCCAACGGCGCCGCAGCCUGGAGCCUGCUGAGAACACCCACGGUGGUGGUGGGGGUGCCUUCCCCACCUCACAGACACCCAGCAAGCCAGCCUCCGCUGAUGGCCACCGAGGCCCCAGUACGGCCUUCCCCUCUGCCGCUGCUGAGCCCAAGCUGUUCGGGGGCUUCAACUCCUCGGACACAGUCACCUCCCCGCAGAGGGCGGGGCCGCUGGCAGGUGGAGUGACCACCUUUGUGGCCCUCUAUGACUAUGAGUCUCGGACAGAAACUGACCUGUCCUUCAAGAAAGGGGAGCGGCUCCAGAUUGUCAACAACACGAGGAAGGUGGACGUCAGCCAGACCUGGUUCACAUUCAGAUGGCUGCAAAGAGAGGGUGACUGGUGGCUGGCCCACUCACUCAGCACAGGACAGACGGGCUACAUCCCCAGCAACUAUGUGGCACCCUCUGACUCUAUCCAGGCUGAAGAGUGGUACUUUGGCAAGAUCACCAGACGGGAGUCAGAGAGGUUACUGCUCAAUGCGGAAAACCCAAGAGGGACCUUCCUAGUGCGAGAAAGCGAGACCACGAAAGGCGCCUACUGCCUCUCCGUGUCCGAUUUCGACAACGCCAAGGGCCUCAAUGUGAAGCAUUACAAGAUCCGCAAGCUGGACAGCGGUGGCUUCUACAUCACCUCCCGCACCCAGUUCAACAGUCUGCAGCAGCUGGUGGCCUACUACUCCAAACAUGCCGACGGCCUCUGCCACCGCCUCACCACCGUGUGCCCCACGUCCAAGCCACAGACUCAGGGCCUGGCCAAAGACGCCUGGGAGAUCCCCCGGGAGUCCCUGCGGCUGGAGGUCAAGCUGGGCCAGGGCUGUUUCGGAGAGGUGUGGAUGGGGACCUGGAACGGAACCACCAGGGUGGCCAUCAAAACCCUGAAGCCAGGCACAAUGUCUCCAGAGGCCUUUCUGCAGGAGGCCCAGGUCAUGAAGAAACUAAGGCACGAGAAAUUGGUGCAGCUGUAUGCCGUGGUGUCUGAGGAGCCCAUCUACAUUGUCACGGAGUACAUGAGCAAGGGGAGUUUGCUGGACUUUCUCAAGGGGGAGACAGGCAAGUACCUGCGGCUGCCACAGCUGGUGGACAUGGCUGCUCAGAUCGCCUCGGGCAUGGCCUACGUGGAGCGGAUGAACUACGUGCACCGGGACCUCCGUGCUGCCAACAUUCUGGUUGGAGAGAACCUCGUGUGCAAAGUGGCCGACUUCGGGCUGGCUCGGCUCAUCGAAGACAAUGAAUACACCGCCCGGCAAGGUGCCAAAUUCCCCAUCAAGUGGACAGCUCCAGAAGCGGCCCUGUACGGCCGGUUCACCAUCAAGUCAGAUGUGUGGUCCUUUGGGAUCCUGCUGACGGAGCUCACAACAAAGGGACGGGUGCCCUACCCUGGGAUGGUCAACCGUGAGGUGCUAGACCAGGUGGAGCGGGGCUACCGGAUGCCCUGCCCGCCUGAGUGUCCCGAGUCCCUGCAUGACCUCAUGUGCCAGUGCUGGCGGAAGGAACCGGAAGAGCGGCCCACCUUCGAGUACCUGCAGGCCUUCCUAGAGGACUACUUCACGUCCACUGAGCCCCAGUACCAGCCUGGAGAGAACCUAUAGGGAGCACACUACAGGGCCAGACUGGCCUCUUGGCUUGGAUCCUGGGCUGGGUGGCCCCUGAUGGAGGGUCUUGCCUCCCUCUGCCUGCCCGCAUCGAUCCCCUCUGUGGGGCUGAAUUGCCAGUGAUGAGGCCCCUCCCUCUUUUGUGGCAUGGAAGGGCUUGGGGCCUGGGGCAGCCUUGAGGACAGGGUUUAAGGCUGGCACAGUGACUGCGUCCCGGCACCUGCUCCAGCCAUAUGCGUCCUCCCUGCCUUCCCUCCUGGAGCUCUGUGUGUCUCAGCAGGAGGAGCCGGGAAGAAGGACGGGCUGAGGGCACCCUUUUGUCAGCCUCAGUCUGCUCCUCACGUUGACUCCUUAACACUUCCACAUCGCCCCACGUCUGCCUCCAGAGCUGGCCGAAGAGCCUUUCCAAAGAGGAGUGAUGGGCGGCUGGCCCUCGGCCUGCCCGCCACCCUGCCCUUUGCCGUCCAUUUCUGAAACACCUGUUGGUGGAAGCUGCUGGGUCCAGACCCCUCUGCCGUGGCUCCCAGGCUGGGCAGCUGAGGCUGAGCUUGACUUGAUGAUGGUGGGUGGGGUGGGCACCCCCCUCCAAUCCUGUUCUUAGACCCAAGGGACCCUUCGAGAUCACCAGUUCCAUGCCCUCGUAGCACCCGUGGGGAAACAGUCCAGAGAGGGGAUGUGACUUGCCCACGACCACAGAACAGUUCAGGGUUGAGGUGGGUUUGGAACCCGGUGCUCCCUCUGUCUUCCUCAGGAACCAACAAGAUUGUCCUUGGAGGCACCAUGGACAGACUGGGGCAGCCCAGGGGACCAGGGGCCUGAGGCUGAGUUAGAGAUAACAGAGCUUUGCUGCCGCUGCCUGACUGGCGGGACUGUUGGUGGAGGGAGGGAGUGGAGACGGGCGUAGGGCGCAGCUGAAUGAGGGGUGACCAUGCCAGUGUCGGGGAGUAGAUGUCGAUCAGAGUGGGAGUGUUUUUUUCAUCCUUGGAGCUAGCCAGCCAUGAAAGAGAAUGAGCUCCCAGGCUCUGGAGGCAAUCAAACCGAAGUACAAGAUCCACGUGGUUGGGUGGUCCUAGCCUCAGGAGGGAACCCCAGGUUCUCCUUCCCCCGUUUGUCCUGUGUCAUUUCAAUGCCUGGCCCCUGCUCCCCUCCCCCAGUUAGCACCCCUUAACCCAUGAGUAGGAAAGGAGUUCCUAUGCUGGGGGGUGGUGGGUGUCGAGUUCAAGUGUCCACUGCCAUGCACCAGGCCUGGCUUUGUGACCUUGGGUGGCCCCCUCCUUCCUGUCUGGGCUGCAGCGUCUGCCUCCAUGUGUGGCCGUGGCCUCUGCGACUUCUCUGCUCCAGACCCUGUGGCCUGGCGUAACCUUGGUGAGCCCAGCCUGGGGCGUCGGGAGACUCUGGCCCUCGCUCUAAUGUUUGGCCUUAGGGUAUGUGGCGACUCCUCCCUGGGCCUCAGGUACCCCAUCUUAAAAGGGGUGGCCGACAGUUUGUGGGCAUCUUGCCAGGGCCCCUAUGUGUGUGUGUGUGUGUGUGUGUGUUAUGUGUGUGCACGUGUGUGUCCAUAUUUAACAUGUAAAAAUGCUCCCCGCUCUGUUCCCCAGACAUGUUGUACAUUUCACUCACAGCCCCCCAUCACAGCAAUAACAUUCCCGCUGCCAGGGGCUCUCGAGCCAGCCGGGCCCUGCCAGCAGGAAAGGAGGCCAAGCGGUGCCUGCCUAUGAAAUUUCAACUUUUCCUUUCAUACAUGUUUAUUACGCAAGUCUGCCGUCCGUCCCGGUCAAAUCUGGGCUUGCUUACCCCGGCGUACUCUCAAGUCCCCUUACGGUUGCCUGGGGCCCUUUGUAUGAGGUGUCCUAAUACUGUUCUUUUUUUUUUUUUUUUUUUUUUUUAAAUAAACAGUGUUUUGUAGAUUUCAGAUGACUAUGCAGAGGCCUAGGGGACCCCCGGCUCUGGGCAGGGCCUGGGGGUCCCGAAUUCCACGGCCCAGGCUUGGGGGGAGGGGGGGAUCCAGAAUUGGUUGUAAAUACUUUGCAUAUUGUCUGAUUAAACACAAACAGACCUCAAA